UUGCCACCAACAGGACGGGAUUGGGAUUCAGAAAUACCCUCAGCGAGCAGGCUGCAUCACCUGCGGAAAGAGGAACAGCCCCGAUCCCCCCUCUUGACUGGAAAAGCAGACAUCCAACGUGUUUGCGUUUUCUGUUUAGUUUUUUUCUCUUAGUUUUUUUUUUUUUUUUUAAAGAUAGGCAUAUGUGGUGGAGAAACCCAAAGUGUCUCCCUGUGUUUUGUCUCAGAGAAAGAGUCGCGCAGUUGUGUCCUUCUUGAGGACGGGACGUUUGGAGCUCAGAGCCACAACAAUGCACCGCGUUCCCACCGGGAAGUGUCUCUUGGAGCCGCGUUGUGCUCACACAUGGGGAUUGUAGCGUUUCGACAUUUAUCCGUUUAGUUACCGAGCAGUGUUUUACUGUCGUGGAGGGGUCGUCGGUUGGAGCCCGGGAUGCCCGCCAGGAACAGGUACAAUCUGGUGGACGAUGUGGCGGACUCAAGGGUGCCGCUGCACAACGAGGAGGCUUAUCAGCAUGGGAUAUAUUUCCAAGCCAAGUACGUGGGGAGUCUUGACGUGCCCAGACCCAACAGUCGGAUGGAAAUCGUGGCAGCUAUGAGGAGGAUCAGGUAUGAAUUCAAGGCAAAGAACAUCAAGAAGAAGAAGGUCAGCAUUGUUGUAUCUGUGGAUGGAGUCAAAGUGAUGCUAAGGAAAAAACAGAAGAGAAAAGAAUGGACAUGGGAUGAAAGCAAAAUGUUGAUCAUGCAAGAUCCAAUAUACAGGAUUUUCUAUGUAUCUCAUGACUCUCAGGACUUGAAGAUCUUCAGCUAUAUCGCAAGAGAUGGAUCCAGUAAUUCAUUUAGAUGUAACGUCUUCAAAUCAAAGAAGAAGACGCAGGCGAUGCGUAUCGUGCGGACAGUAGGUCAGGCGUUUGAGGUGUGUCAUAAGCUCAGUCUGCAGCAUGCUGAGCAGGAUGCUGACGGACAGGCAAACGGAGAGAGUGACAGGUCAACAGAGGAGCCCAGCAGCAAUGGCCGUAAAUUAUCGGGAGCUGAACAAGAAGAAGAUGAGGGCAGCAAACAUGGAGGAAGAGGAGGCGUAGAAGAUCCUGCAGCUGGUGCCUCAUUGUGUGAGAAGGCUGUCAGUGAGAUUCUGCAGAGCCUGGCUGAGCUGAACAUUGUUAAACCUGGACAGACUAUCAUGGACUUUGAUCGAAAGUCCGUCUUCACUGUGACAUCCCAAGGAGUUGCUCCAGGCAGCCCCUGUUCUCCAUCUCUCACUCCGCUAGCAUCACAGCACUACCUGCAGCUUCUUCAGCAGCAACUACAGCAGCAACAGCAGCACACACAGGUGGCGGUCGCACAGGUACAGCUGUUGAAAGAUCAGAUGGCAGCUGAGACUGCUGCUCGCAUGGAGGCUCAGGCUCGCAUCCACCAGUUGCUGCUGCAGAACAGGGACCUGCUGCAGCACCUGGCCCUGCUCGUGCAGCAGCUAAAGGAGCUAGAGGCCAUCUCCCCAAAACCAACACAACCAGGGCAGCCACAACAGGAAACUCAAGCUAACAGACACAAUGACCAGCAGUCAGCAUGCAGCUCCAUUUCUACAUCAGCAAAAUCUCUAUCCUUGAAUCUGAAGAAUCACUACAAUCAGACCCUGGACCAACUCAUCACCUCCACACCUGCAUGGCCACUCCAAACAUCACCUCUGUCCCCCACCCAGGUGGACUCUGCUGAGUCAUACCUCAACCUGCUCAACCUGGAGAACAGCACCAAACCAGAAGCCUCGGUCACACACCUGGACCCUUUCAUCAGGGCCAAUGGCAACACCAAUAGCAAGGAGAGCUUCAACAACGAGAUCGUCCCGUUCAUGUCCAGAGACUCUGCCAGCACAGAUGAGAAGUGUAAACAGACAGUGCCCAAACUCGACCCUCCUCCACCAUCCAUGAACCGUAAGAGGGUCAGCAGGACAUUCUUCCCAGGGUCAGAGCUCACAACUGUGUCCAAUCCUGCAGAGGUUUGCUCUAAUGAAGUGCCCCAGAGCCGCAGCAGCAGCCUCUCAUUUCCAGACAUCACCCCCAGCUCCCUGUCAUCCACAGAUUUCCACUCUCUCAGCAAUGGCGAGAGCAGCUCUUCUUCGGCCAGUGAGGACUCGGGAGUCCGUUCCGAGACCAAGUCCCUGUUGUCUCCAUUGCGCGAUAAUGACGACUUGUUCGGGGACCGUGGGACAUUUUUAACAGCCUCCAGUGGGUGUGGGAGUCCUCUAGAGGAGAGAGAUAAAGCAUUGAUGUCUGAAUCAUCCCCAACUGAAUCCAACACCCUGGCCUUGGACACCUGUGAUCACCUGCAGCCCUUCUUAUCUCCUCUGGAUGAUACCUGCCUUCACAUUAGUUUUUCAGAGGAUGAACUGCUGGAGAGCAGCCAGGAGGACACUAAUGUUCCCCUGCGGAGUUAGGAGGAUGAGCUGAUCUUCCUCCAUGCUCCUCAAUCAACGGCUAAUGUAAUACUUGCUGUCAGAACCUCCCAUAUUUGCACUGGGCUUCAUUUCAGGACAACAAAUUAUUCCAUUCACUUGUGACACAGCGCACCAUUACUAAAAAUACUUCAUUGUGUAAAUUAUUAGCUGAUGGACAGAUUUAGUAUUUUUGUAAUGAAAUUCCUGAUCUAAUGUACUUUUUAGGGACUAGAAAGCUUAGCAGAGUGCAUGUAAUGGCUCUUGCACUGUUGAUGUCACAUAAUUACUGUAGAAUUCAAAACUAAUGAGGGAACACAUUUUAUUUUUGCUAGUAGUCAAUGUCAAAACAUUAUUUUGUAUGAUUCUUCACUGUGGCACAAACAUUUCUGGAAAUGUCCAGAUUUCAGUGAUAUUGGAUGGUCAGGCCGAUGGAGGGAAUGUUGAGAAGAGCCUCAGUUUCUGCAGAGCACCUGAUAAGGAUGAUGGAAAGAAAAGAACAAGAACGUCGGUGAAGGGGGAGGUAAACGUGAGCAGAUCUAGCUGUUGCUUUGGUUAAUGUGCAGCCAUUAAUGUUAGGUGUUCAUGAUUUUGAUACUGUCUCAGAAACAUGGGUUUUAGAGCAUUAUCUCCUUGUUUUAUCACUCCUGUUUUUUUGGGUUUUUUUUUUUUGGAGUUUAGGGAGUUUUCAGACUUAAAGGCUUUAAGGCAGAGCUGGGAAAUUAGUUUUUUUCUGUACUGCAUUAAUUCUGUUUGCUGCAUUGUUUGAAACUCUUUGAAAACAACAGGAUUACUGCUUUUAAAGAAAAGUAUUUUGAUUCGGAGAAACAGAACAAGAAGAAAAAAAUCACCUCUACAUCAUCUAACAGUCAUUACAGCUUGACUUUGCAUACAUCUGAGUGGGAAGUCUGUUAUGAUAAAUAAACCCUGAGACUCAGUUGGAAGAUAAUUGGAGAGUUGUUGGAGAAAGACAGCAUAGUAAAUAGAUUUUUCUCAUCUCUUUCUUUCUUAAACCCUGACUGAAAUUCCCAAUUAAACAAGAAAAUGUGGAUUCACCUGAUAAAUUAAACCCUGGUAUUAAUUUUAUCGUAUCCAUCUGUAACAGUUUAUCAAUUCAUGCCUCGUUUAAAAAAAAAAAAAAGCUAGAUUAAGUAAAAAAUUUAUGUCAUUUUAGUAUUUUUAGAGGCAAAUGUCCAAAAUUACUGGUACUAGUUUCCUUAGAUAUUUAUACUUGUUUUUUUGCAGGUAUUCACUAAACUGAAAUCCCUUAAACAUAAAACAUGUCACAAAGCAAAAGUAAUGAGCAAGUCAGUUGUGUAACCAAAUUAUUUAUUCCCAUUAAAGCAGUAGCUCUUUAAACUGAAUGUUUUUGUAAUCAUAAAGGGAGCACAUUGAUGUCACCUUGAAUGUGCAGAGGUAAAAAAAUAAAUGGACGGGAGAAGUGAAGUGGUUGAGGUAUGACAGGGAUGGAGGGUGCAGAUGUCAAGUGCUCCUGGGCUAAAUGUUUUACACCCAGAAAUGAGGCUUUUCCCAACACUCCAUGUUGCAGGGAGCUUAAAAGCAAUAAUAAGUGGAUGAAAACAUAAUAAAAAGAUUUAGCUGAAAACUGCA